CCCCCCUUGCCUGGAGGCCUCUGCCCGGGAAGCGCCGCCUGCCUCCCGCAGCCGAGCCGUGCCCACACCGCUGGGAGCACGCGCGCCUCGGACUCAGUUGCCCCUCCCGAGUGUCCACACCCCUCUUCCCCUCCCCCCCCUUGCACUGACUGCUGCUUCUCGCUACUGUUCUGGGGCUCACUCGGGCGUGAUUCGUUCGGGCUCACAAGUGCCGUGGCCAGCAGCUGUGAAGUCGAGUGGCCCUCGUUUCUCUCGGUCGCAAGGCGGCACAAUCAAAGGGCAAAGUCAAGUUUUGCACAGACUGUCUUGGACACCUCGAUGUGAAGAUGUCCAGCAAGACGCUUGACAAGGCGACGCGAAGCAAGCUCAUUGAGGAGGGCCUCCGGUUCCUCCAAUCACCGCAGCCUUUUGACGGCUCGGACAGUGAAUAUGAGGGGUUCCUGCGCAAGCUUGUGUCGUGCCUGUGGGCGGACGGGGACGAGUUGUACCGCGCGGGCGACGCGGCCACGGCGCAGCGGCAGUACGGGGAGGCGCUGGACGUGGUGGAGUACAUGGAGAAGGAGGGCCUCCACUGCCCCAACUUCGUGAACGAGCGUCUGCACGUCAACCGCGCCGCCUGCCACCUGCGCCACAAUGACUUCGGCAAGGCCCUGGAGGACUGCGCCCUGGCGCUGAAGCUGAACGAGAAGAACGCGCAGGCAUGCUACCACAGGGCGCGAGCGCUGCGCGCCAUGGGCAGCGUACGCGAGGCCUACGACUCCGUGGUCAUCUGCUCUAAGCUCAUGCCGCAGGAUCAGCAGGUCAUCGCGCUGAUGCAGGAGCUGGCACAGGCGUUGGGGCUGCGUCUGCGCAAGGCCUACAUAAGCCAGGCUUCUGGGGAGAGGCAGGCGAUAAAGAACGACAUUGAUGACGUCAUCUCAGAAGAUGAAAAUGUGCAGCCCAUUCCGGAAACGCGAAACGAAACCCCGGUGAGCAAAGCCACCCUGCCGAGCCAGCAGUGCAAUGGAAAAACCAACGCCAAACCGAUCGGCGGCGGCGGCGGCGUUGUCGGCGGUGGCGGCGGCGGUGGUGGCGGCGGCGGUAGCGGAGUUACCGGCGGCAGUGGUGGGGGGGGCAGCAAGGCAGCCACCGCCCCCGCCAAAACCAAGGGCCACAAGGGAGGCAGCGGAGGCAAGGGGGCGCCGGGUGGCUUGGCGCCGCCGCCGCCACCACUCCCGCCGCAUCAAGCCGGGCCGGGGCUCGCGGUCGUCACGCCUGCCCAGACACGGCCUGCCAGCAAGGUGGGCCCCACGCGUAAUUUCACCACCACCGCCGCCACCAGCGCCGCUGCCGCCAGCGCCGCCGCCACCGCCAGCGGCGUGCGCGUCAGGGAGGCCCCCAAGCCAGUAUCGGUGCUUCCCGCUGCUGGGAAGAGCGGCGCUCCUACCAAGCCUGAACUCGUGCCGUUGAGGCCCGGCGACGUCGCGGAGAAGCCACCCAAUGCGGCCGAGCCGGCCAAGGAGACCCCGCCGGGCCUGGUGAACGGCUAUGGGGGCGGGGGUGGUGUGGGGGUCGGGGACAAUAAGCUGCUUCCUCUCGCUGUGGCUGAGAGCGCGACCUUCAACACCGCGGAGGAUGAGAUCAUCGGAGAGGACUUGGACGAGCUGCUGGACAUGGUGUCUGAGGAGUUCUCUAUGCAGGGCCUACAGUCGCAUUCCAUGCAGUUUCCUGCGGGCCUUCAGAACUCCCUGCCCACGCCUCCUCAGGGUCUGUCGAUGCCUCAUGAAAUGCAGCUUCAUCAAGGCCUACAGAUUCCCCAGGGACUUCAACAAGGCCUGCACAUGGCCCACGGAAUGCACGUGCCCCUUCACGCGGGACUGCAUAUCGCUCUCCAGCAGGGCCUGCCCCACGGUCUACAAAUGCCCCCGACCAUGUUCUCGCAUUCCGGAAUGGCACAUGGUGGCGGGCCCAUGCUGCACCAGCAUCACCAGCAGUUUCACCAGCAGCAGCAGCACUUGCAGCUUCACCAGCAGUUUCACCAGCAGCAGCACCAGCAGCAGCAGCAGCAGCAACAGCAGAUGCCCCCCGGAUUCGCCGAGCGAGCAGCCACCUCCUGCAGGGGCCUCGACUCUUUGGAUGACGUGUCCACCGCCCUGCCUGUGCUGAGGGCCACCGGGGCCUUCAGCAGCGGCCCCAUCGCCUACGAUGGAGGUGCGGGCCGGCUCUAUCCUGAAGGAUGGCCCGGUCACAUCCUGCAGGAAGGGUUGGUGAAUGUGGUGGCGAAUAUGAACUCUGCCGACAUUGUGGCCGGUCUGGCGGGGUCCGGCUGGGCCGGCGUGCGCAUGGGCAACAACCCCCUGGCGGAGACGCACGACCUGAGGCAGGCGUGCGAUCAGUGCUUCUUCUCCUUAGCUGCGGUUUCCGAGAUCCACGAUUACAAGUAUUUUCCGGACCUGGAACACAAGUGUAAAAAGAACUUGUUGAUAGGGCGGCUUCGGAACUCAGAAGAUCCCUGCUUCAAAAUAAUAAGGCCCCGACCGCAGAUGAUAAACUAUAUCGGCUCAUACUGCAUAUGUCAAGACAUCACGGAGGGCAAGGCGUGCCGCUUCCCCGGGCACUGCCGGUUCGCGUACAGCCAGGAGGAGAUCGAUGUGUGGACGCUGGAGAGGAAGGGGCUGAUGCAGCGCGAGCUACUGUUCGCGCCCGUGUGCGGUACCGGCGGCUGGAGGGUCCGGUUGACGCUGCAGGGGAUUUUAGAGGAGCACCAUGGAAUAUUUCUCUUCCUAUGCGAGGAAUGUUUUGACAAUAAACCCCGGAUGUUGAGUAAAGAAAGUAAAGAAAACCCCAAGUAUUGCACCAACCAGAGCGUCAAACACAUCUUCGAUGAAACCAAGUGCCUGGUGCACGUGUUGCGAGGCACUAGCGUCCGCUACUCGAAGAUCCGCCCGCUCAACAAGCUGAGCCAGUUCGACAUUUGCCGGCACGAGAUCCGCUAUGGCUGCCUGCGCGAAGACAAAUGCAACUUCGCUCACAGCUUCGUGGAGCUCAAGGUCUGGGUGAUGCAGCAGCAGUCAGGGAUUUCCCACGAGGAGAUUGAGAUGGACUGUGCCAAGAUCGUGGCUCAGAGCAGCGGGGCACUCGCAGCUCCCACACACAAGAUAUCCAAGGUGGAGGUGAAGCGCUCUCAGAUGCCCUUCCGCAUGAAGUGUGUGUGCAGUCAGUGCUGGAGAAACGGGCAGGUGACCGAGCCUGAAGCUACGCUUAAGUACUGCAACUCCAAGGCUAGACACACCUGGUCCAAAGAGCGCAGGGUUCUUCUGGUCAUGUCACCGGAGCGCAAGAAAUGGACACAAAUCCGUCCCUUCCCAAAUCCUAAAAAUGUGCCUCUGCAGUUUGAUUUGUGUGCUCAUGUGGCCAAGGGUAAAAAGUGCACGUUUUUGGGGAACUGCACCUUUGCUCACAGCCAAGAAGAAAAGGAAGUCUGGACCUACAUGAGAGAGAGUAAUAUUAAGGAAACGGAGAAGCUGUAUGAAAUUUGGAUGGAAACGCACGGGCCCAAGGCAGCGGCUAAGGACACCACGGGCGGGACUCUGUCGGGCAUCAGUGGCCAGUGCUCGGAGCACAUCUCUCUGCCUACCGACUAUGCAGACAUCACGACCGGCUACCACUGCUGGCUGUGCGGCAAGAACUGUAACGGUGGGAAGCAGUGGCAGCAGCACAUCACGUCGGAGCGGCACCGCGACCGUGUCUUCCUGGACGAUGAUGGGCAGAAUUGGCAGCAUCGCUUCCCUGCUGGGGAGUUCUCUCUGUGCCCGUUGAUUGAGCACGGGAACAUUUGUCCCGAAGAGAGCGAGUGCAAGUACGCGCACGGUGCUGCCGAGCUCCAGGAGUGGAUCGAGCGACGGGAUUACCUCAAGUCCAAACUCGCCAAGGCCAUCAACGACAAGCUCAUUGAUGAACGGGGGGAUUUCGGAAAAUACAGCUUUCUAACAAAAUAAUAUUCGCUUGUAACCCCCCCCCCCCCCCCCCGUUAAAAUUGUUAAUGGAUAUCAUCUUAUUUCAUGCCAAUCAGUGAAAUGAUGACAAUAUUUACAGCUUAAUUGUAAUAUAAUAUUUAAUCUUGCUUUGCAUAGAGAAUGUAUUCAAAUGCAAGAUUAAACUGGGUGGUUGGGCUAAGAAAUAAUGAGAAAUGUAUUUGGUAAGAAAUCGCGUGGCAGAAUUACUUUGGCAGAAUACACAACGAUCCGUGUGUAUUUAUUUCCGUAUCAAGCCGUUUGAGAUAUAUACAAUUAUAGUUUCUUUGUUUAAUGUGUGAUUGCCAUUUUGCAUUAUGGACCUGGGAGGCUUAUCUCCACCGCACUUCACUCACGCUCUGGUUCCCGUCAGCUCGUGCCAUGUGUGCGCUGCUUGCCUGCGUGCGUGCGCCUGUUUUGGAGCAUGGUGCCAUGUCCCCACCAUAAUAUAAAGUUAUUUUUUGGGGGGGGGGUUAGAUCACGCAAGUAUAAAUGUGUCGUUAAACCCGCCACCACCACGUGACAGCUAAUUAGUGAGGUUUGUCACUUCCACAAUCUCUCCUUUAAAAAACCCUUUAUUUUGGACAAUAUUGGUCGCAAAAGCGAAUAUGCAUUUGCUUUCGUGGCUUGUUCAGGGCACCAAUUUAUUUUUUAUUUACGGUAUUUACGUCUUUUCCCCUCUUGCAGAAAAUAAAAGUUGAACUUGCUCACCAGCCCUAUAGGUUGCUGUGAACUGUGUGCGGUAGAUUAUUAGCCUUCGCACACACCGGCUUGCCACCUGACGCCUCGUUUCCAUGCCCACUCGGAGGUGUACCAGAAGCGGCCUGGCCUGCAGCAGUGAGCUUUGGGAAAGAAACUGGAUACCCCCCCCCCCCCCUCCGUGCUUGCCCAUCAACAGCCCAGGAGCAGCAGUAGUAGCCUCUCCGGACCUGCUGCGCUUCAGAAUCUGAAUUUAUACUGGAGGAGGAAUCCGAUGAGCUAUAAAGUUCUUUGUCACAGAUGUCCAACAACAAACAAUACACAAACACGAUAGGAGUGGAAGGUAUAGUAAAGGUAAGCAAAUCACUAAAAAAUACAAAUAAACAUUUGUUACCAAGUAAAGCCCACCAAGCUAUUUGCUUUUUCAGAAGUGACCUGGCCACAAAUGAUAGCUCAACGAAGUGGCGUAUCACGUAGACAUAGCCAAAUACUUAUUUGUGGCCAUGUCGCUUCUGAAAAAGAGCUAUGCAGCUCAGUGGGCCAUACCUGGUAAAAUAAAACGUUUUAUAGUUGAUCCAAACGAAAAACUCAUAUUUUUGGAAGAGAACAUUUGUUUUUUUGUAAUUCAUGGGGUGGUGGGGGAAGGUGGUGAAGCAAAGGGUGAUGGGAAUAUUAUGAGGUCGCACUCCUUACACACACACAGAGUGCUUGUCACAAGUAAACCACAAGACAUCUUGUCAAGGACCAUAAACCAUCACCCCAACUCCGGUCAUCCUCACAGUAGUGGCUUUUGGCUCACCAUUGAACAAAUAUGGUCACUGCAUGAUUUCAGAUGCGCUUCUACAGCCGUCUGGAACACUCUAUUUUACGAAAUUAGGAAGCCACUUGAGCUGUCCACUUUUAAAUCUAAAUUGAAAACUCAUUUCUUUUUAAAUCCUUUUUGUGUUUAGUUGGCCUUCCCCUGCACCGUGGAUGAGCACGGUUGGCUACGUACGGUGCGAAAGAAGUUCAACAUUCAUAGUCACCUGUGAUUAAACUGAUACUUAAGGGAGUUUAUCAUCUCAGUCCAGUCACCAAUGACUACACAUUUUUUAAAAUAAUGAAGCUUAUUCGAUGAGAAGUAAACAUUUGUAUUGAUAUAUUAUGAAUACUCGCAGGACAUGUAACAUACACCUCGAGUGUAUAUAAUGAUAUCUAUUGAAGGGAAUUGGAAGUCGUGUUGUGAUAUAACCACGUGGGGCCGUGCUCUGACAAGGUGGCCCUCGAUGGGAGCUGCUCACUGUGAGAGUUGUGAAUGGAACUUCCUUGGUCCCAUCAUGCCAAUAUUAGUCUAAAACAUGGGUUUAGUAGGCACUCAUUACACAAUCGUUUGAGUACAUGGCAGACAUAUCAUGCCAUUCUCGUUUUGACCAAAGCAUGUUUACUUUUUUGGUUGAUUGUAUUGUUUUUAAUUUCCAUAAUUUAGCCUUCAUGGUUAUUUUAAAGCUGGUAGAAUUGUUUAAUGUUUUUAUGGUUGUGCAUCUUUUAGGAGUUUUUCACGGUCUGUUUCUUUGGCUGUGUGCUUGGUUGUAAGCUGUGAUUAUGCAUCUUGAAGUUGAAUAUUGCAAUGGUGUGGAACUGUUGUCAUUCUUCAAUAGCUUUGGGUAGGAUUAAUUGACAGCAGUGUGAUCUAUUUACACGAAGUUGUGCUCAAAAUUAAUAUGAACUCAACAAAAGAUCAUGUGACCAACCUGACUGACUGGCUGUGUAGGUUGGAGGUGGGUGUACGACAUUUAAAGUUACGCGAUCUCACCCAAAAAGCCUCGCAUGAACAUGUACAAUACGUUUCUAAAGAAUCGGUGAUAUCUAUUGGAGGGACGCAACUUGAAAACAGCAGAAUAUUUAUAUACCUCGGGUAUUGAAAGUGCACCGCAGCCAAAAUUAUGAAAUAAAUAGGUGGAGGAGAGCUGACCUUGAUUUUGAAGCAACAUACCAAUGUGCCUAAAGAAGUAAGUGUUAACCAAUGCGUACUACCACGACAAGUAAGACAUGGGGUAGAAACAUAGACGUUAAAGAAAAUUAUAUGAAUAUCUGGAAAUUGUGCAAAGAAGCGCGUACAGACGAUACACAUGCGUGGAAUUACAUGGCAGAAUGAUGGGACACAUGGGAUCAGAGAACAUGACGUUUGAAGACAAUUAUAACGCAGAAAAGUGUCGCGAGGAGAGACCAUGGACAAUGGUCAAGAAUAAUUAGAGAGUACCAGCGAAGGGAGGGGGAUGAAUCACGUCCACCGUGGAGAUGGAGUGGUCAAUUCAGGACCGUGUGUCGGUGUUAGGCGGAUUGUGGGAGGUGGUGACGGCCUGGGGAGGACUGUAUAAACCCAAACAAAAAUCACACUUGUCAGAAACAAUGUUCAUGUUAUUUACUCUGAAUGCAUUAACGAGGAUAACGAGGCAAGGGUUAUCCCAACUGUGGUCGUCGUUAAAGACCCGUCCUGGUGAACUCUUAAGUAUUACAACACAUCAACAAGGCAAGGGCUGCUCCAACUAAUGUGCAUUAUACUAUGGUUACAGUUAACGCGUAGGUUUUUGUAGACACUAUGAUUGACGUGAUUGUUUCUUGGGUUAGGCCACGUAAUUAAAAGUAAUGAUUGUCACGCGAAACGAUUGUUAACUUGCCAAUUAAUUUGGAUAUGUCGGGUGGUGGAGGGCCGACCACACCGAUUGUGGCCUAAUCCAAACAUCAAUUAUGAAUGAUGCGAUUUAAUCUCUUGCAGUUAAAUUGGCAGAAUUCAGUGAAGCAAAACUAACAUGUGGAAAACCUGCCGUUUUAGGUAUUGAUUGUUUAGAAAGUUAAAAUGUAAACAUCUGUUCGGCCAGCAAACGGGGAAAUUGAUCGCCACCCUAUCCAGUGCCAGGGCUGCGAUGAGCUGUUUUCUAAGGUUGUCUGUCUUUUUUGGAAUGCGUUUGUUAAUCGUAAUAGAUGAUGCAUUUGUGUGAUAUGUAACAUUCACAAACAAUAAAACUUUUGGCUGAAA